GCGGCGCCCGCCAAUGUGUCUCGCGAUAUCUAUCGCUUGUGACGGCCGUGGUGGUUGGAGCUCUCGGCCUGCGCCGCUGCUUGCUCCAGCGGGGAUGUAGCAGUGGUCGGUUUUUCUUUGCGAUCUGCUGGAGACUGAGUGGCCAGGCGCGCCAACAGUCCACCCUUCGGUCUGUUUCCCACAUGCCCUGCCUUGUCUGCUUGUCCAGCAUGCGAACAGCAUACCAGGAAGAGUCGACUUGUACAUAGAUACUGGUAGUCAUUACACUCGUAAACGUAAGCAUAGCCAAACAUCUUCUCCAAUCCCGCCAUGCACACCGCUGGGGCGUCCGCAGUCCUCCAGGUCCCCCUCAAUGUCCCCCGCUGUUGCUUACAACGCCAAGACGAUAGGGGGUCGGCCGCAUGUGCGGUGAUGGUCUCUAUACGGCACCAUCACUCGCUAGCGUCUUCGAGUCUUCCUCAGCCCUCUCCCUGUCCCUACUCACCACCUCCCACCUCCCGAUGAGCGACUCCCCUCCGCGCCCUGCCCCGCCGACCCUCGACUUCACGCAGCAUGUCCUGGAUGACGGACAGGUCGUCAGCACCCAGGAGCGCUUCGUCAAGAUCCCGGCCCCUGCGACUGCCCGACCGACAUCUGAGCAGUUCUUCUCGAGCGUGGACCCGACGAAACCCGACCUCGAGUUCCUCAAGAACCACUUCAUCAACGAGGGCCGGCUGCGCGAGGAGCAUGCGUUUUACAUCAUCGAGACGGCGACGGAGGUGCUCAGGCUGGAAGGGAACGUGCUGGAGAUCGAUGGCGGCGUGACUAUAUGCGGCGAUAUACACGGCCAAUACUACGAUCUCAUGAAGCUGUUCGAGUUCGGUGGGAAUCCGGCGGAGACGACGUACCUGUUCCUCGGGGACUACGUCGAUCGGGGUUACUUCAGCGUGGAGUGCGUCCUGUACCUCUGGGCGCUCAAGAUUUGGUAUCCGAAGAGCAUCUACCUGCUGCGCGGAAACCACGAGUGCCGGCACUUGACAGACUACUUCACCUUCAAGCUGGAAUGCAAGCACAAGUACUCGGAAGCCCUCUACGACGCGUGCACCGACUCGUUCUGCGCACUCCCGCUGGCUGCGGUCGUCAAUGACCAGUUCUUGUGCAUACACGGUGGGCUGUCGCCGGAGCUGAGGACGGUCGACGACAUCCGGAAAAUCAACAGGUUCAUGGAACCGCCGACGUCGGGCUUGAUGUGCGACAUCCUGUGGUCUGACCCGGCGGAGAACUUUGGCUCGGAGACGACGACGGAUGGGUUUUUGCAUAACCAUGUGCGGGGAUGCAGCUUCUUCUACACGUACAAUGCCGCUUGUGCCUUUCUUGAGCGGAACAAGCUGCUCUCAAUCAUCAGAGCGCACGAAGCACAAGACGCUGGAUACCGGAUGUACAAGAAGGCGCGGACGACCGAGUUCCCUGCGGUCAUGACGAUCUUCUCUGCGCCCAACUAUCUGGAUGUAUAUAACAACAAAGCGGCCGUUAUCAAGUAUGAAAACAAUGUGAUGAACAUCCGCCAGUUCAAUUGCAGCCCUCACCCGUACUGGCUGCCAAACUUCAUGGACGUGUUUACCUGGAGCUUGCCGUUCGUCGGAGAGAAGAUUACGGACAUGCUCGUCGCCGUGCUCAACACGUGCACCAAGGAAGAGCUCGAGGAACAAACCGAGUCUGAGACACCCGUGUGCCCGAUUGAGGACAGCAAGGCUCGACAGCAGGUGAUCAAGAACAAGAUCAUGGCGGUCGGCCGGAUGUCGAGGGUGUUCUCGUUACUCAGGGAGGAAUCGGAGAAGGUUUCCGAGCUCAAGAACGUUUCUGGGUCGGCCAGGUUACCGCACGGGACGCUGGCAUCUGGAUCGGAGGGCAUCAAGGCCGCUAUCAGCGGGUUCGAGGACGCCCGCAAAUCGGAUAUCGAGAACGAGCGCCUGCCCCCGGCGUUGUUCGACGUCGGGUCUGAGCAGGGCAAGGCGCUCAUUUCGUCCGCGGUCCUCGAAAAACCGGAGGUGACGCCUGCCUUCCGGCGCGGUCACUCAAGAGGGGCGAGUCUCGGGACGACGACGACCAGUCCGAGUACGCGUAACAGAGGGCUGGAGGAUACGAGGAGCCUGAUUCAGGGUGUUUGGGACGUGGAGGACGGUGCUGGGGCUUAGGUACAUUCGAUUUGGAUUAUAAUGGAGACAACUGUCUUGCUGUGUGUCACUGGAGGCCUGAUCGCGAAAGGCGGCGUAGCCUGAAGUGGCUCAAUGACGGGUGUCUACCUUUCGGAGGAUUGCAUGCGGACAUAGCAACCACUGGAGACCUGCGCUGAGAAAACUCAAGGCUUGCGGAUCUGGAACCGACACCCCGUCCUUUUCCAGAAUCCGAUUCUUAAUAACAUCCGGACACCGCUCACUGCAGCGCAGCCCGUUGCAGCAGGUUGUCCGGAGGAGAACUCCAGGGUAUGAAACGGGGAGGAAUCGAUACACAGGUGAGAUCAAGAGCCCUCUCCACCUGGGAUCUAUGAUCCCGCAAGUUGUCCCUCGGCCAAGACAACCACGAUCUGGCCCUGGAGUGCUCUCUGUGCCGGCGGCGGUCCAAGUGUCGUAUCAGAAAUUGCUGUGAAACAAACAAGAUGUCCAGAACUCUCUUCGGCGAUAGAUCCAGGUGACCCCGACUGUCCUUAUCGUUUCGUGUCAUUCGCCGAGGCCGAGGACGUGGCAGACGAGUGGAUCUGAUCGCACAAGAAUACGAUUCAUUCCUCGAAGUUCUGAUCUCACACCCAUGCCUUUUCGGUUAGGCAGGCGGUCUGCCACGGCUCCGAGCACUAGUCGGUUUCAGCUGAUCGAUGCUUGUUUCCGGGGCCUGAGACACGCUGUGUGUGUGUUUAUAUCAGCCGUGUGCAUCAGACACCUGAAUUGGCGUCUGCGAUGUGUCCCUCCAUGACUGUAUUCUGAUCGAGCUAUUCAAGACGCUGCGAGUCGAUUGAUGUCGAAUAUUGUGGGAUAGCAACUACAGGGACGUGGCUGGGACCCGAGGUCUCUGAGAACGGCUUGGGGUGGGGCGUGGUCGCGUCGGAUAUCCUCUCUCCGCUCUUCCAUGUCUUGACAUCGACGCUCGGAUGCGGGGUCCCUGAUGAGGGACAGGAGCCAACGGCGUGCUGUAUCACGAGAAUAUCCGUCCAGAUGCUAGCGAGCGUCGCGUGGCGCCGCAUGACGCAGAAACGAAGGAUCCGAAGGCAUCCUAACCACCGCCGUAGCGCGUGAAACCGCAUUGCAUCGCAUCUGUCCCCCUGAGCUGCAGCGCACUUGCUACUGUGCCGAGUUCUCGUGCUUGUGCGUGGAUCAGGGAUCGCCGAAGGGACCGAGGCGGAUCUGAAACUUGCCGCGAUCGAAUACAUCACGUCUUUUCUCGGGGAAGGACUAUCAGCAUCUCCAUUACAUGGGCCCGCGUGGACGUACCUGUCCGCCCAGAUGAAGGCUUUGCGUCGGAUAGAGAUGGAUCUUCCGCCACCGUAGCUGGGUUCUCCGAGGGUCGAGGUUUCGAUUGUCUUCUGAUCACGCCUGCUCAAGGCUCAGCUGCCACGAAAGCACUCACCAAGACAUGGAUGAGACAGGGUUUCGCCAUCAAAUCACGCUGUAUGGCCUGGGUCUGCGGUGCCAGGUGCCGCUGAGCUCCAGGCCGCCCAGUGUGCAGUCUGUGAUCAGGAUCGGUUGCCUACAGCGAGGACUCGAGUCUGAGUCUGGGGCCCUUGUCCUGUCCUGUUCAGCGAAAUGAAGGAUCUCAGGCUGUUGUGUCCAUUUUCCCUCCGGCCGUCCCGACAGACACUGCGCAGUGGAGCCCUUGUCUGGAACGAUAACCCAUUGACAAAUCUAGCUCGCUCGCAUGAGCCAAGAGCGCAGCUGUAGCACCGUCGGGGGGGCAGCUCGAAUGGUUACCGCGCGCUGAUGGCGAUGCAUAUUCAUAUUCCCUUUCGCAGCAUGUCAGCGACCAGGGUCCAGCGGUGUCCCGCCGAUCCUUCUCCUCGGCCCGCGAGGCCUUUUCUCCAGGGACGCGUGAGUUCAUCCUGGAUUGCUUGGUGCGCGGCCCAGUGGAGAAUGGAGGAGAGAUGCGACGCGGCAGCUGACAGCCCCAGUGGGGCCAAGGUUGGUCAAAGUAAAGUAUGUGUCACGACUGCUCGUGGGUGUGUCAUCAUCAUGCGGGGGAUCAGUGGCAGUGUAUUUCCUCCCGUCGAGACGAAAGUGGCGUAGACCCACCCACUGCGAAGUCAAGGUCCUCGGUCGAAGGUGAGGCCAAGCAAAAAAUUGUAUUGUGCCUGUGCUAUUCUGGAGGAAAAGACGGGCGGCUUGAUCCAUCUUUGGAGGCGUUCGUCUGAUCCAUCCAUGGGGUGGGGUGGAUCAAUGAGAUGGUGAGCAAGAAAGGCUAACGCGAGAAGAGAAAAGCAGGGCCUCUCAGGCAAAGGGGCAGAAGCUGUGAAAUUUCACGUGGGAUCUGUGUUUGGGGCCGUCCAUGCCUAGAAUACAGGUGGCGAACGGAAUCCCCGGUCUGAUGUCAAUUUGCGUAACAUUUCUGUCAGACUUUAGAGCGAGAGGCAAGCCAGGCCUCCCUACGCCGAGGUGCCCAAGAUUACAUUGUGGGAAAUAUGACAAAUCCUUUCGCCACCCGAAUGAAGAGCUCUAAUGCUAGUAAGAUUUGAGUACUAAGCUUCGGCAAAUUAGCAUUGUGCAAGGCGUCUGUCAAUGCCA